AUGGCGGACGACGGAUACCGGAGCACAGGCGCGGGGAACGUGCCCGCGCCGACAGAGGCAGACGCCGGGACGACGUACGCGGAGGACCAUGAACGAUGGGCGCUUUACGACUACAGCGGCCUGCGAGCGCCGUUGGCCGACGAAGACAUGCAGAGCUUGUUCCACCGAUGUGGCUCGCAGCAAGCCGGUCACGGCGACACGCGUGACGAUGCAGUCACUGGAUGCUGCGGGCCCGCCGUGUUCAUUCGAGGACUGGAGCCUCGUGAAGAGCAGCAUCGAGCGCGCUCCGUGAGCGCGCUGGCGAAGCAAAGUGUCAUGGGUACAAUCGCCCGCGACCUGACGAACCUGCGUGGGGGUGUCUUCUAG